AUAAAUACCUACCUUCAGUACGUGCAUGGUAUCAAGCAUUACCACUCUCUUCUCUCAAUCUCUUCCAGCUUCCUUGGCCAUAUUUGUUAUAAACCAAUAUGGCAAUGAACAUCAAAGAUACAGCUUUUGCUAUCGGCACCGCUUCCUCCGCCACUAUCAACACUUUGAAAACCUUACUCAUCACCUUCUUGAUUUCCAUCAGUGCUAUAAGAAUUCAUAAAAGAAGGGCGGCCCAGAAAAAAAAUAGCAGAAACCCUCCACUCCCUCCUGGCCCUGCACCAUGGCCAUUGGUUGGCAAUUUACCUGAAAUGAUGCUUUAUAGACCCACAUUCCGGUGGAUUCACCAACUCAUGCAGGAAAUGAACACCGAAAUUUGCCUUAUCCGUUUAGGGAGAACAAACAUUGUCCCUGUCAGUUGUCCUAUUCUUGCUCGUGAAUUGCUGAAAAAGAAUGACGCGAUCUUCUCUUCCAGGCCAAUGAUAUUUUCUGCUAAGUGCAUGAGCGGAGAGUACUCUACAACAAUUGUUGUGCCUAAUAAUGAUCAAUGGAAGAAAAUGAGGAAGAUCCUAACUUCAGAGAUUGUUUCUCCUGCUAGACAUAAAUGGCUUCUUGAUAAAAGAACUGAGGAGGCAAAUAACCUUGUAUUCUAUCUUCAUAAUCAGUAUGAAAGCAACAAGAAUGUCAACAUAAGGAUCGCCACCCGCCAUUAUUGUGGAAACGUGAUCAGGAAAAUGAUCUUUAGCAAGAGAUUCUUUGGAAAGGGAAUGCCUGAUGGAGGACCAGGACUUGAAGAAAUCGAGCACGUCGAUGCAAUCUUUGCUGCCCUUAAGUACUUGUAUGGAUUUUGUGUAUCUGAUUUCAUGCCUUUGUUGCAAGGAUUUGAUCUUGAUGGGCAGGAAAAUUUCGUUCUUGCUGCAAACAAGACCAUAAGGGAUUAUCAAAAUCCUUUAAUAGAUGAAAGAAUUCGACAGUGGAAGAGUGGUGAAAGAAAAGAAAUGGAGGACUUGCUUGAUGUUUUCAUCACUCUCGCGGAUUCAGAUGGCAAGCCGUUGCUCACAGCACAUGAGAUCAAGAAUCAAAUCGCUGAGAUUAUGAUCGCAACAGUAGAUAACCCAUCAAACUCAAUAGAAUGGGCAAUGGCUGAGAUGUUAAAUCAACCUGAACUUCUCCAGAAGGCAACAGAGGAAUUGGACAGGGUGGUCGGAAAGGACAGGCUUGUCCAAGAAUCCGAUAUUCCUAAACUGAACUACAUCAAGGCCUGCGCAAGAGAAGCAUAUAGGCUCCAUCCAGUGGCUGCCUUCGUUCCUCCUCAUGUUGCAACGCAAGAUACUAUUAUUGGUGGAUACUUUAUCCCAAAGGGUAGCUGGGCAAUUCUUAGCCGUUUCGGCCUUGGCAGAAACCCAAAAACAUGGCAAGAUCCACUGAAGUUUGAUCCUGAACGCCACUUGAAUGAAGGAGAAGUUGUCCUGACAGAGCAUGAUUUGAGGUUUGUCACUUUCAGCACUGGACGGCGCGGUUGCAUAGCAGCUUUGCUUGGCAGUUGCAUGACAACUAUGUUGCUUGCCAGGAUGCUUCAAUGCUUCACCUGGAGUCCGCCAGGGAAUGAUGUCAGGGUUGAUCUUACAGAAGCUGUUGACGAACUCUAUGUUGCUAAUCCAGUAAUGGCAUUUGCGAAGCCUCGCUUGGCUCCUCAUCUCUACCCUACUUCACCUUGAAAUAGCUAGCAAGAAAAAUUCAGUUAGCUUGCAAGGUUUAGUCUUAGUUUUAGCUCCUAUAUUACUCUAAAUUAUAAUAUAUGUGGCUCCUAUUUAUUGUAUCUCUUGCAAUUGUUCCUUAAAUAAAAUACCUUGGGUGUUGACUCUGUUA